UUACAAUUUGUGGUGAAUCAUUUUCACCAUCCACAAUCUUGUGUGAUUAACUCCAUUGCGUAUUACCUACAGUUUCGCACCUACUCAGUGAAAGCUGGACGAGGAGGAAAACCUCUGCCAAUCAUCUUGUGUGAUACCAUGGGAUUGGAGGAAAGCACAGGGGCGGGCCUUGAUGUGGAUGACAUCAUCAGCAUCCUCAAAGGUCAUCUGCCAGACACCUAUCAGUUCAACGCGUCUGCUCCUCUGCAUUCGGAGGCCAUUGGCUAUCGCAAGUCUCCAGACCUGAAGGACAAGAUCCACUGUGUGGCUUACGUCAUUGAUGCCACCAAGGUCUCCAUCAUGCCUGCAAAAACUGAGGGGAAGCUUGAAGCUACCCGCAGAAAGAUCAACUCGAUUGGUAUUCCUCAGCUGGUCCUGAUGACUAAAGUGGAUGAAGCCUGCCCUUUAGUUUCACAGGACAUUAGGAACAUUUAUAAGAGCAGUUACAUUGAGGAAAUGAUGCAGGAAGUCAGCACUCGGCUCGGUGUGCCAAUGUCCUGUGUUGUUCCGGUGAAGAACUACAGCAAAGAGUUUGAGUUGGAUCAGAACUGUGACAUCCUGCUUCACCGCCGUCAUCCAGAUGCUUCUGCUUCUGCUGAUAGUUACUUUGAAGACCUCAGUGACCGACUCAGCAACGUUGAAACCCCAGAAUACUGA